AGCAAGAGACGGUCAAAUAAUGGGACUUUCAUUGAGAGUGAGACGUCGUGGAAGCAAGAAGGAGACAAUUCCGGUGACAAGUUGCUCGGAGGAAGUGGAGAUAACGGUCCCGUCGCAGUUUCAAUGUCCGAUAUCUUACGAGCUAAUGAAAGAUCCGGUGAUUAUUGCUUCGGGGAUCACUUACGACCGCGAAAACAUUGAGAAGUGGUUCGAGUCCGGGUACCAAACUUGUCCCGUUACUAACACGGUUUUGACAAGUUUGGAGCAGAUUCCGAAUCAUACGAUUCGGAGAAUGAUUCAAGGUUGGUGUGGGUCAUCACUAGGCGGCGGGAUUGAGAGAAUCCCGACGCCACGUGUACCCGUGACGAGUCAUCAAGUCUCUGAGAUUUGUGGGAGGUUAUCUGCUGCUACGCGGCGUGGAGACUACGCCGCGUGCAGCGAGAUGGUUAGGAAGUUGAAGAUGUUGGGAAAAGAGAGCGAGAGGAACAGAAAAUGCGUUAAGGAAAACGGCGCCGGAUUGGUUCUUUGUGUUUGCUUCGACGCGUUUUCCGAAAACGCAAACGCGUCAUUAUUAUUGGAAGAGAUUGUGUCUGUGCUGACGUGGAUGCUUCCCAUUGGUUCAGAAGGUCAAUCCAAACUCACCACUAAGUCGUCGUUUAAUCGUUUAGUGGAACUUUUGAGAAACGGAGAUCAAAACGCAGCGUUUGUGAUAAAAGAGCUUCUUGAGCUUAACGUAGCUCACGUUCACGCGUUAACAAAGAUCAAUGGCGUCGAAGAAGCGUUCUUGAAAUCGCUUAAUCGCGAUACUACAUGCGUCUACUCAUUAACAUCAAUCCACCACAUGAUCUUGACAAAUCAAGAAACCGUAACAAGGUUUCUUGAUUUGGAUCUUGUGAAUACAACAGUGGAGAUGUUAGUGGAUUCUGAAAACAGCGUUUGUGAAAAAGCGUUAAUGAUUUGUAAAAGUGGAGAUGGGUAUGAAGUUGAAGAAGCGUUGAGAUUAGGUGCGUUUAAGAAGCUUGUUGUGAUGUUACAAGUUGGAUGUGGUGAAGGAACAAAGGAGAAAGUUACUGAGUUGUUGAAGAUGAUGAAUAAAGUUAUGAAGAUGAAUGGUUUUGUUGAUCGUUCUGAUUCUUCUUCUAUUGAGUUUAAACAUGUUAAGAAACCAUUUUGAUACAUUUUGUAUAGAGGAAACACCACAAAACCGGAUUGGACCGGCGGUUUGAUAUGGAUUUUCUCUGUUUUUAGAACCCUCCCUUUGUAACAGAGUCUCUUAACCAACUUGUAAACCACAAAGCCAAACUCACAUAUACAAUUUUGUUUC